GAACCGUGGAUACACGGCAAUAAAAUCUGCAGACUUGGAAUGAAGGGCUUUAAGCUUAUUGCCGCACAAAAUGCAGCUUAGUGACGGCGAUCUGGUAGUGGCAAGCAUUGAGCUGGACAAAACCAGCUUUUGGGUAGCCUCUGCCUACAUGGCCCAUGACAAGUACGUGCCACCAGAUGGGUUUCGGACCUUGGCCGAGGAAGCAGCCUUCAAGAACAAACCACUGGUUGCCUCCUGCGACGCUAAUGCCCACAACUUGAUGUGGGGGAGUACGAACACGAAUGCUAGAGGUGAGUCGUUACUAGACUUCAUUCUAGGGAACAAACUUAGUGUCUUGAAUUUAGGCUCAGAGCCGACCUUCAUAACAAAGAGUAGAGAGGAAGUUUUGGACAUAACUCUGGCUUCAGAAUAA